AUGAUGCUGGAAAUGGGUCUGGAACUAUCCCAAAAGGCUCCCAAGCAGAACGUGGGGCUACAGAGCCUGCAGGAAAAACACAGCACCGGCCUACUGGAUCACGAAAACGGCGCCAGCACCAGCGAUGCCGAAGCGGAGCCGGCCAACCGACAGGAACAAUCCCAGCCGAACUUCAACCAGGAGGACCUGGGCCAGGGCCCGGCCGAACUGAUCGACCCGGGGGAAGUCAGCGUCUCGGUGGCGCGCUGA